AUGACCUCUGCUACAAGACAAAAGUUGUCCUCGAGAGGUUUGAAUGGUCAGAGUAAUGAAGCUGCAGCUGGAAACAUCUCUCUGGAAAGAUACCCUUUACUAACUCGUUUUGACCAAGACCAGGUGCCACUGUCAGGAAUCACAGAACUUCUUAAUGUGACCAAGAAGCCUCAAGGACCAUUUUUUAAAUAUGAUCUUGAGAUACCACCUCAAGCCAAAAUUGUAUCUGUGCCACUUUCUUCUCUCCCUCUUAAAAUUCAGCAACUAAUCUCAGCCAGAGCUAAGAAUGUCUCUGACAUAAGACAAGCUACAGAAAUACCAAGUGUUACUUAUGUGUGGCCAGUAAUAAAGAUGAAACAUCCUUCCAAAUCCUUUUUGACCAUUUUACCAAAGUCAUUAAAACCAACCAGCCCAAACUUAGCAAAACAGAGUUUUGAAGAUGUGCAGUGUUCCCAAAUAAGCCCAGUGAAACAGCAUGCACAAGAAGAGCUACUGAAAACAAGAUCUUGUCCCCUUAUUGUAAAGUCAUCUAACAGUAUUGUUUCAGUGAUUUUAAAAUCAUUGACCAAUCCUAAGAAUAAAGAUUUAAAAAAUAUGUUACCACUGUCAUCUCUCAGUCCUAUUGGAAAUAGAGACAAAGUAGAUAUUCCUCUCUUUAAGGAUAAUGCUUUAAUGAUACAUAAUGGGAGAGUUUUCUUCCUCUAUGUAACAAGGGAUGAAGUCGUGUCAUCAAGAAUGGAAAUACACAGCCGUGAUAUGUUGCUUAGGAAGACAGCAGUUCAUGUCAUAACAUGCAGGGCUAUUCAUGAUAUAACCAGCAAGUUCUUCAAUCAGACUGCUUAUCCACCUGAAAAAGACUUGCAAAAAAAUGGAAAAAAAGCACAUCAGGAAAAAGACAGUGAACUGAGAAAGAAAUUUGGUAUUGUUAAAGAUGUAAGAGUGUGUCUGAAGAGGAUAAAUCCAGCUGAAUUUAUGGAGGAUUCUGCCCAGCAACUAGCGCUGCUGAUGAGAGCGAAGCUGCAAAGUUGUUCCCGUUUGGUGGCUUCCCAACGGCAACGCGGACGCUCAGCCGGCGCCGCCUCCUGCCCGUGUCCAGGAGCCCUGUGGUCCGACACGGGCUUCAGUGUGAAUCAGAUGGACAUUGUUUUCUUCACCGUCUCCCACUCGGCAGGAAGCCUAUUAGACCAGGGCUCGGCAGCGCUGCCGCAGGAGUAUCGCCAACAGCAGAGCCACGUGUCAGUGCCACUGAAGGCAGGGGGUUCCCAGACUCCCUGCCUCCAUGGCUGA